AUGCUGACUCAACUGCAAGAAAAAACCGAUAAAAGCACUGGAAUCAAUAAAGAAUGGACGAUCGCUCUCGCACUCGGCACAAUACACGCGCUGAUGGUUGCAGUUGUCAACAAGAUUGUGCCAAACCCAUACAUGGACGAAAUUUUUCACAUACGACAAACGAGAAGAUAUUGUGAUGGCGACUACACGUGGGACCCAAUGAUCACCACUCCUCCGCUGCUUUACAUCAUAUCGAUGCCAUUGUGUGGUGGCCAUGAACGAUACAUUAACUCAAUAUUGCUUCCAUUUACGUUCAUUGGUGCUUGUCGAUUUCGUGCAAUGUUUACGGGUGAGGGCGAAACGGUGCUGGUCCCAGCGUUAUCCGUUGUGCUACUUCCGGUUCUCUUCCACUCUUCGCUAUUAUUCUACACGGAUCUUCUCUCGCUGACGCUGGUGCUUUGGGCGUUCUCUUCGACAAACAAGUACAUCGUCGCGUUUUUCUUUGGACUCUCGCUAUUCUGUCGACAAACCAACAUUGUUUGGGCUGGUUUAUUCGCAGCGCUUGAUCUUUGCAAGAAUAUCAAGAAAGAACAAUUGGUUAAAUCUUUGCUGAAGGGUUGUCUAGAUUUAUGGCCUUUUAUUCUUCUCGCUGGUGGAUUUUUGGCAUUUGUUGUGAAAAAUGGCGGUAUUGUGCUCGGCGACCCAGAUGCUCAUCGACCGCAGUUUCAUUGUUGCCAGCUCCUCUACUUCUGCGUCUUUGCUUGCUUCACAGCAUCGUUUUCGCUUCUGGAAUACGCAAAACCCAUUCUACAAUCGUUUUUCCAAUGGAGGACUGUGCUUUUUACAGCGGCAAUCGCCUUGAUUGUGCACCAUUUCUCGUUGGCACAUCCGUAUCUUUUGGCAGAUAAUCGACAUGUUCCCUUCUACUUAUGGAGAUGGAUUCUUUCAAAGCCAAUUUAUCGACAAUUAUUAAUCCCUGUGUAUGUCGUUUGCUUUUAUGCGGUGGAUCAACUAUGCAAAGGAGUAACACCAAUUGCGCGUUUAUUUUUUGCUUUGGCGACGAUUGCAGUGCUUCUACCCGCUCAUCUAAUCGAGCCUCGGUAUUUCAUCAUUCCAUAUGUCUUGUGGCGAUUAAGUGCCGAAACGAGAUCGAGGCUUUUGUGUACAUUGGAGGCGCUUUUCCAGAUUUGUGUCUUCGCGCCUCUCUUCUACAUGUUUUUGUACAAACCUUUUGAGUGGUCGCAUGAGCCCGGAGAUUUACAACGAUUCAUGUGG